AAGACAUUACUAGUAUUAUCAUGUGAUGGUGUGGUGAUGUCAAGUCUGAAUGUGCAUUGCACAAUGUGCACAUUAUGCAAGCAGUAUAUCUGAGAGGUGGUUUAGUUUCUCACAACAUCAGUUUAAACAACAAGAGCCUCCUCUGUUUGGGCAUUUGUGUGAUUUUGAUGACUUGGACAUCUAACGUUGGCUGUGAUCUUCUGCAGAAAAAUGCAGCAGAAGAAACUGCGCUUGCAGGAAGAUAAAAAACCCCAAAACGCCUCAAAAAUCCUGGUACAAGUGCUGGUGGUCCACUUGUCUGGGUUCAAGAGCAGAUGGCGCCAGUGUACUUCAUUGUUCUUCUGAUGCUUCAGUCUGGACUCUUGCAUGGAGCUGAACCUCAAAACCUAAACUGUCCAGCUUAUGGUGGAGUACCAGGCACUCCUGGACACAACGGUCUGCCUGGAAGAGAUGGUAGAGAUGGAAAAGAUGGGGUCAUUGGACCUAAAGGAGAGAAGGGAGAGCCAGGAGUGGAUGUGCAUGGACCACCAGGUAAAGCAGGACCACCUGGACCACAAGGACUAACAGGGCCACCAGGUCUACCAGGGCAUCCUGGAGGUGACAUCACAUCUUUAAAAUCUGAGAUCCAGCAUCUAAACACCAAGAUUGCCGUAAUGGAGAAAUUUGCAAGUUUUGAUACAUUCAGAAAGGUUGGACAGAAAUACUUUGUUUAUGAUGGCUUUGUAGAAAGCUUUGACAAUGGGAUUAAAUGGUGCAAGGAAAUUGGUGGAACAAUUGCUUUGCCAAGAAAUGCUGAAGAAAACCGAGGGUUGUUAAGAGUAGCCCUAGCCAGUGGAUUAAGUGGUAAGAAGCCAUAUAUUGGAGUCACAGACAGACAUAAAGAAGGACAGUUUGUAGACAUUGAUGGAAAACCCUUGACUUUUACCAAAUGGAGUUCAGGUCAACCUGAUGAUUAUAAGGGAGCACAAGAUUGUGGUGCUCUUAUAGAUUCUGGUUAUUGGGAUGAUGUUGGUUGUAAUGAUCCACAUUAUAUCAUAUGUGAAAUAGAAAUCAACUAGAAUGUACCUCAUUCAGGAUAGUAACUAUACAAAUCUGCAGCAUUAAUACACAUAUUCAUCUGACUGUCAAAUAUUUCCACCAUUAAAAAAAUUUUAUAAUAAAAAAUUGAAAUAACAGGGUCUCGAAAGAGUAUUACCUGUAUUUUGUAUUCUUUACAUUAGUUAAUUUAAUUGUUUUUAAAAAAAUUUUACAUGGUGUGGUACCACCGUAUCUUUCCGAUUUAGUACACUUAUACUUGCCUUCAAGAUCCCUUAGGUCCUCAGACAAGAAAUUUCUGAUCAACCCAAAGUCUAGGGGUAGAUCUUGGGGAGAUUGUGCAUUUUCUGUCUGUGCCCCCAAGCGUUGGAAUAGUCUGCCGCUUAGGACCUCCACAAUCUCUUUUAAAGACUCAUCUUUUUUUCUCUGGCUUUUAUGUGAGUAGUUUAAAGGGGCCAUGGCACAAGACUUUUUUAAGAUGUCAAAUAAAUCUUUGGUGUCCCCAGAGCACAUAUGUGAAGUUUUAGCUCAGAACACCAUAUAAAUAAUUUAUUAUAACAUGUUUAAAUUGCCACUUUGUAGGUUUGUGCAAAAAUGUGCCGUUUUGGGUGUAUCCUUUAAAAAGCAAAUGAGCUGAUGUAAUUCAAACACUGAUCACAAUGAUGGUGGUUUGUUGGCAAUAAAACUCAAUUGUGCUUUUCUCUGCACUAAAUGACAGUGCUGUGGUUGGAAAGUGCAGAUUAAGGGGUGGUGUUAUUAUAAUAAGGGCUUCUUAUGAUAUCAUAAGGAGAGCCACAUUUCAACUACCUAUUUUUUCAUGUGCUUGUAGAGAAUAGUUUACCAAAACUAAGUUACUGGGUUGAUUUUUUUCACAUUUUCUAGGUUGAUAGAAUGCACUGGGGACUCAAAUCACUUAAACAUGGAAAAAGUCAGAUUUUCAUGGCAUGGCCCCUUUAAUGUGUUAGCAUGUUAGUGGUUUGGAGUUUUAAGUUGUUUCGAAAUGUACAGCACAUUGGUCAACUGCUUUAUAAAUAAAUUACCUUGCCUUGCA